AUGAAGAUGAGCAGCUUCAGGCUGCCGCUGUGGAAAAGGAGGAAGUGGCAGAUGGAAAUUAAUUCCUGUGAUCAGAAUUUGAACCGAUGCUGUGAAAUAAUAGAAUUGAACUCUGAGAUUCAAGGGCAGCUCUUCACAAUCCUCAAUGAAACAUCUCAAGAAGGAGGGCAUUAUGCAGGUGUGGAAACAAUAAAAACUCGUCUCCUGCCAUGGCUAGGGACUUGUUUUUCCUGUGCUACUUCAGGAAGGCUCUUUGAAACCAACCUCUCUCUGACUCAGGAUUCAUUUGAGAAAGAGAGGCAGCUGAGAGAGCUAGCCAGCAGUCAGACUCUUCAACUACAAGAGCUGCAGGAAGAACUGACUUCAACUCGUCUACAGCUCAACCAUGUGCAACAGGAUCUGAAGACUUCCCGUGCCCAAGAGAAGGACGCCCUGAGGAAGUUAGAUCGUCUGAAUGACUAUGAGCAGCAGAUUCAAAUACUGCGUGAUGAGAUUGCUAUCCUGGAUGCCCAAAAGUCUGUUCUUCAGAGCAGGCUUGCAAGGAGCCGCUCUCCUUCCCCAAGGCACAGUGAGAGCAAGUCACCUAGUCUGCUUCCCCUGAGGAGCUGCUCACCUGGCCGAGCCAGACGUACAAAUGCUUCACGUCGUGCCUGCCUGGUAGCUCGCUUUGGUGACAUUUAUGCUCAAGAACGCUUGGAUGCAGAGACCCUUUUGAGGACAUACAUCAGUGACAUGGAGAUGGUGCAGAGGAUAAUAUACAUUGCAGCUGUGGAGUCUUUUCAUGAAGCAAAGAUGGCCUACAGGCAGUUCAAAAUACGUGUAAGAGAGACUCUGUCUCUAGGUCACUCGGGGCCUGAGUCACUUGAAGACACUGUCCUGGAUUAUAUAGUUCGUCAUGAGGAUCUGUAUGAUAUUCAAGCCAGUGUGAAUGAAGUAAUUCGCUCCAUGAACAUCAACCCAAAGAUUUCAUUUCCACCAGAAAUUGAUUUCAUUGUGAUCAGCACUUUGAUUCGAGAGUUGUGCCGUGUGGCUUUUUCAAUGCAGACGCUCGUUCCUCCUCUUGAUAUUGCCUUUGGUAGUGAUGGAGAACUUUUCAGUGAGACCAAGUACCAUCGUAGUAUUGACUCUGAUUUCACAGCUGCCUUGGUGGCCUAUCAUGUAUGGCCUGCUCUGAUGGAAAAUGAUGUUGUAAUUGUGAAGGGAGAGGCAGUCACAAAAAGAGGAGCUCUGUGGUCUUGCAGAAGUAGAAGUAGAGGCAGAAGCCGCAGCCGUAGCACCAGUCCUCUUCUGUCUCAUCAUUUGUCUCGAAGCCGCAGUUCUUCACCAUUGAGGAGCGGAAGCCCAAGACGUGAAGUUAACUGAACAUGUUCCUGUGAUUCAGUACAUCUGGAUGCAACAACUUCACUGAUGCCUUUUCUCUUCAAGAAUACCUCAAAUCUCGCAAUAAUGUGAAUGGCAAUUGUCACUCCAAAGGGAGUUUGUGUUCAGUGUGGUUUUUAGAAUUAUAGAAAGCUUAUUUAUAAUUUUAGAAGCUAAUUCAACCCUUCUGAUUUAAAAAAAAACAACAAAACAAACAACUGCAUGCAAUACAGAUCAUACUUGUUUGGCAAAAUUUGCAGAGCACUGAGGGACCCGUGCUGUAAUCCUGCAGAUGCAGAUAGUAUUAUUGCAUCUAGAAUGUUUUCCACAGAUAUCAAAUGAUGCAGUUUAUCUUGAUAGGGUGUUUAAUACAACCUAAAUGGUGAAUUUUGCAGAAUGUUGAGCUUAGCUGUUACUUGAAAACAAUUUCAUUAAUUGGUGCGUAUUUACAAUUUUAGAAAACAGCAAUAAUUGUAGGAUGUGCCAGUCUCACACAGCAUCCUUUUAAAUACAUCCUUGCAGUAAACUGAAUUUUCUAACUGCAAAGCAAAAGUUGCGCAGAACAGUCAUAGACUACCAAUACUGCAGCAAUCCCCAGGACUUUAUUGAUGUUUACUUAUGAAAACACAGGUGUGUGCUUUAAAGCAAGGCAGUAAUAGUCCUUGUUAAAUCCAUUGUUACUUAGAAAUUAAUAUCAUAAAGAUUUGUAGUUUGGAACUUUAAGUAUUUUGAAAGUGUGCCACUGACUAUUUUUAGGCUUGAAGUAUUUGCUUGAGGUGGUCUAUUUGGUAUCACUUUUAAUGGGCUUUCAUACCAGACUGAUAGAUUAGGAAUUCUUCUGAACACAGUGGAAAAAAAAAAACAAACCCAAACUGUCUAGUUAUCUCUUACUGUGGGUGCUUAUUAUGUUUAAAAAUUAGAGGAGAUUUUAUUCUGGCACUUUAAAUAGCUUGUUCCCCUUGUAAAUGUUUACUUUAAUAUCAGCAUUUUUGGUUUUGAGAGAACUGAUACCAUCUUUCUCUCAGAAACUCAUCUGUAGGGCCAGCCUUAAGUCACACAGGUUACUGCCUGGGGCUUUGUGCAUUUACAUAGAAACAUAGGAUUUGUCAUAAUGGAGCUCAUGUGUGAUUCACCAACCCCACUGCCUCAUUCCAGUCAAUACCUCAUGCUUCAAAGGUAUGUGGUACUUUCCCCAAACUUAUCUCCACAAUUUUGGAAUAUAAACAAUCAGAAGGAAGAAAAAUCCCUUCCUGCCUCUCUUUUAAUCAGCCUAUGCCCUGGAACAUGACAUUUCAUUAGUACUACUGUAAUAACAUGAGCAAAAAUAUUUUUAUUAGUUCUGAAACUAUUUAGUAAUUAAAAUUAAGUUACAGGAGCAAAUUUUGUGAUCCCUUUCCAGGGAUCUUAUGCAGGUUUACACAUCCAUACUCUUUCUACUUCUUGUGUGGCUUAAGGCUUUGGCACAGGAUCAGAUUUCAGGUGGACUUUAGUGCUGGUCCCCAUGAGCCAUAGAUAACUGUGACUCUAGUUAUACAGACCUAUUUUCAUUGGAAUUAGGCCCAUUAGUCACUAAUGAGAGCAAAAUGAGGUCCUGUAAGUAGAGCAUCAUUCACAGAGCCUCUCUGAAUGAACUAAGGGAACACAAAGGCACAUGCACGUUAUGCGGUGUACUUUCUUGUUUUCUAGGAAAGUCACAAGAGAAAAUGCAAAGCCAUAUGUUUCCUCUUCUAAGAGCCUGAUUGCUGGUCACAGCUAUGGGUCUGGGCUUGAAGUAAACCUGCAUAUUUCUGCGCUAAUCUCAUGACUAAACCCACCACAGUUCUGGAAAAACUGAGCACCUGCAACUUGUGUGGCAAGAGAACAUAAUUAGAUAUCCUGAGUAGGGUUUUGAGCAGAAAAAUGAAGACUUUUGAAAAAUCUUGUAGUUACCAAGGGCUAAAGAGAAGGAGGCAUUUUAAAAAUUAGGUAUUGUAUGUUUGUCAUCUGCAUGUAAUUACCAAGAACUUUCUGUGUUAUUGAGUUGAAGUAAGUUUCCAUACCAACUGUGAGAAAACUAGGACUACAUCAAGAAAGUAUGUUUUUCUUGACAAGCAUGAGAGGCAGGGUAGUUCCAGACUUACACACCUGUGAUGCCACUAUGAACUAUUACUCCCAAAGAUCUAAAAAUGCCAUAAAAGACUAAUUCUCAGUGUUUGGUGGGCCAUCUCAUCUUGCUCCUCCAGCAGGUAUCUAGAGCGCUAGUUAGUCUCAAAGUAAAAGAGAGAACUAAUGAAAUGACAGCCAGUGGCUUGUUUUGGUAGUGAGAAAGCAGGUCUAGGUUGUUUUGGGGUGGGGUUUUUUUGUGCGUAAUGUUUCAGAGCAGAGCAAACCAUUUUCAGCAAAAUAGGAAGUCAGUCUACAGCCUGGUAACACUUAAUUAGUUAAACAAACCUAACUACUCAAUUGUACUCUGCAGUCUGUGGUCUUUUUAUAGGAAUAUACUGCUUUGUACUAGUUGCCUGCACAGCUUGCUUAUAGCCAAUGAAAUCUAUAGAUCAGAUAGAAGAUUGCUUUUGGUGUCAAGUUAGACACUAAUAGCUCCUGUGCUGCUUUUUAUCCAGAUGACAACAGUGCAGAGAAUGCAUACCAAUAAAAAUUAUACGGAAUUAACUAGCAAAUGCAAAAUGACUUAUAAAAAGGGACUUCUGUAAUUGCUUUUAAGACCCUGCAAAAGAAUGGAUCAUGAAUGUGAAGUUGAUGACUUGAUAUUUUAACAAGAAUUUUUAAAAUCUGAAGUAAGGUUUUUUAUUUUCUUUUUUUUGCUAAAUCACAAGCUUGGAUAAUCUCACAUUUAUAAAUACAGCAACGUAGAAACAGUAAGGGUGGAUUCUAAUAGGUGACAAAUAAAAAAAGCCAGUAAGGUUUCUGUUACAAGAUAGUUUUAGAACACUAUGGUCAUGAUUAAAGUGUUAAUACCAGGAAAAAGAAGGCUAGAUUUUGCUGGAAUUUAAACUCUUUGCAGAUGGGCUUAUGGAGGUGAGACUGCAUGGGAUGUAAAAAAGCACCACCUGUGGGCCAAGAUGUUCAUGUACAACAGCACACAUUUGCGAGGAAUUUUGAGAUUGCUGGAGAAUUUCUCCUGCAUAUCAACUCUUUGAAGGCUGAUUAUGUCUCAGUUCAAAGGCCCUCCCAGAGUCAGCCUAAAUGUGUGGAUGUUUUAUCAGCUAUUUCUGAGAUAAUACAGUGCCAUCAAAAUACGUUCAGUCUUCUUUCUUCAAUGUUUGCAGCUCAAUAACAUAGAGACUUAUGCAAGGUUAGCAGAUACUGAGGGUAAAGGGCUCAGCUAAAUUUGCUACUGCACAAUGAAGGUUUAAGUUCAGAAGUUAUCUUAGAUUCUUCCAGCAUCCUGGUAGGAGUAAGAAAGUGGGGAGCGGGAGGCAGGUGGAGUCCUCCCAUCUAAUCUGGUUGGCAGAAAGUUGCAGUGCUGAUUCAGUCUUGUAGGAGGCUGUGGAGAUGAGCAGUAGGUUAAAGCAAAAAUACUCUGUAGCCUCAAAAAAGUAAAUGUGAAGGCCAAAAAUUAUCCAAAUGCUCCCUGGAAAAUAUAGGCCUGUGCAUCCUCCAGGAUUUGAGCCUUUCAACUUUACUUUCAUAUUGCAUGUAUGUAUUGCAAAAGUUUGUUAUCCGCUAGAAGUGCCAUCAGAAGUAAAUACUGUCUUUCAGCUUUACGUAACCUU